AUGGCUGGGUUAGAACUUCUCUCAGAUCAAGGGUAUCGGGUGGACGGGAGGAAGCCGACCGAGCUCCGCAAGAUCCAAGCGCGCAUGGGGGUGUUUGCCCAGGCAGACGGGUCAGCCUACAUCGAGCAAGGGAACACCAAGGCGCUGGCGGUGGUGUACGGGCCGCAUGAGAUCCGAGGCUCGCGCAGUAAGUGUCUCCAUGAUCGUGCAGUGCUGAACUGCCAGUACAGCAUGGCCACCUUCAGCACAGCCGAGAGGAAGCGACGCCCGCACGGAGACCGCAAGUCCAGCGAGAUGACCCUCCACCUCAAACAGACCUUCGAGGCGGCCAUCCUGACACAGCUGUACCCACGAUCACAGAUCGACAUCUACGUGCAGAUCCUGCAGGCGGACGGUGGGAACUAUAGUGCGUGUGUUAACGCUGCCACGCUGGCCGUUGUGGACGCUGGCAUCCCCCUGCGGGACUACGUGUGCGCCUGCUCUGCUGGAUUCGUGGAGGACACGCCCCUUGUGGACCUGAGCCAUGUGGAGGAGUCCUCCGGGGGCACCCAGCUCUCCCUCGCCCUCCUGCCCAAGGCAGAGCACCUGGCCCUGGUGGAGAUGGACGCCCGGCUGCACCAGGACCACCUGGAGGGCUUGAUGGACGCGGCAACGCAAGCCUGCAAGGACCUCCAUGCAGUGCUGGACAGAGUGGUCAGGGAACACCUGCAGGAGGUCUCCACGCAGCUCGUGGAGUGAGGAGGGAGAGGAAAAGAGAGGAAGGACUGGACAGAGUGGUGAGGGAGCAUUGGCAAGUUUCCACGGGAGGGGAGAUGGAGAGGAGAGGGUGAGCAGGGAGUCUGAUCUGCUGACUGUCUUUCUAACCAAAUAAUCCACUGCACAUGCACAACAGUCAGGGAAAUAGCUUAUGGAAAAGCAUGAUGAAGGUAGUGUGAGAUUGGUGCUGUGACACUGGACUGGUCUGUACAAUGUAACUGAAUCACUUGUGUACAAUACAGUGUGCUUUUCAAAAUGUUUUUUGUACAUUUGGACUUAAUAAAGUAUAAAAUGUCUGAA